GUCCUUUAUGCUAAAAUGACGUUUGCCUCAUGAACCAAAGCAAAGCGGAGCACGUUGGAGUAUCUUCAGUUUUAGCGUCCUGCGCUUUUCUGUAUUCGUUUAUUCCAGAAAUACUUAACUAGCUUGCACAGAUAAAUCAACUAAACAAGUGAUGAUAUAAUAAUAAUGAAUUCCCCAGUAUAUCUGAUAGUUAAAUACUACAUGAUUCAGUUCCAUUGGUUGUUACGGUUAACCGUGAAUUAGCGUCAACUAGCUUAGUAGCUAGCUCAUUCAUUGUAGUAGUAUGCAUUUGAAAUCCUAGUAUUCAUACUUUAAUAUAGCUGUGUGGCACACAAAACUAGCCAACUAGCAACAUAAACUCUGUGUGUUGGCCUAGGUAACUGUCAUUAGGUGCUACAUACAUUGUAGUUACAUUUAUAAAAAUCCACAUGGAUAUGACGUCUUCUGUGGUAGUCCCAGUCAUUGACGUACAGAAUGAUAACUUCAAGGAGUUGUGGCCUGCUAUGGUCCUGGCCAUGAAAACCUCCUCCUUCAUUGCUGUCGAUACGGAAUUGAGUGGCCUUGGAUCCAGAAAAGCUCUACUGGCAGAAUCCAUAGAGGACCGUUAUAAAGCCAUCGUCAAUGCGGCCCGCACUCGCUCCAUCCUCUCCCUUGGAAUAGCCUGCUAUAAGAAACUCGACAGCAAGGCAGCCAACACAUACAUGGUACAGGUGUACAAUCUGACGUUGCUCUGCUCUGAGGAGUACAUCAUUGAGCCUCAGUCAGUGCAGUUCUUGGUGCAGCAUGGUUUUGACUUCAACAAACAGUACGCGCAGGGGGUCCCCUACCACAAAGGCAAUGACAAGGGAGGGCCUCCCCAUGGUGUCACUAUCCGUAACCUGUUUAUGGAGUUUCUGCGUGCACGCAAGCCUCUGGUGCUGCACAAUGGCCUGAUAGACAUGGUCUUCCUGUACCAGUGCUUCUACGCUCACCUGCCUGAGAAGCUGGGCACCUUCACUGCAGACCUGUCUGAGAUGUUCCCAGCUGGGAUAUACGACACCAAGUAUGUCACUGAAUAUCAGCUCCGGUUCCCUGCCUCCUACCUGGAGUACGCCUACAAGAAAUGUAAGCUGGACAACUCCAGGAGUGUCGAGGCGGGUGAGGCCGAUGCUGGUUCCAAUGGUGCGGUUCAUGUUUUCCUGGAGUUUUGUAACUACUCAGGUCACAUGUCUAGCUAUGUGGACUACAGGCCGUGUCUGGCAGGAAGCAGCCAAGAGGGAACUCUGACAGUCUGCGAGCGCUUCUCAGCAUACGGCUGGUGUCCCAAUGGCUCCCAGUGCCCCCUGUCACAUGACACCGAUCUCAUCAUCCAGCAGGAUGAGAAGAGCAAGGAGGACAAACGGAAGAAGAGGAAGAGGAAGAAAAAGCAGAAGGGAGGGGCUCGAGCAGAGGGGGACUUUGAGGGGGCUCCUGAGAACAAGAAAGCUCACACGGAGCUGGAGGUCCAGGAGCAUCAGGUUCAGGAGACGACGACAAUAACGAUGGCGUCACCAGAGAAGGAGCCACGCAGCGCUGAUAACACGAAGACGGGCUCAGCCAACAGCAAGGGAAACGGAGUCCCAGAGCCACAGUCUCCCCCCAAGCCUGAGGCAGCCAAGCUGGAGGCGGCCAAGCCCGAGGCAGCCAAGCCGGAGGCACCCAAGCUGGAGGUAGCCAAGCUGGAGGCAGCCAAGCCUGAGGUAGCCAAGCUGGAGGCAGCCAAGCCUGAGGCAGCCAAGAUGGAGGCCAUGAAGAAGGUGGAGGGAGGCUCCCACAGGGCAGGGUUCGAUGCCUUCAUGACCGGUUACAUCUUCUCCUAUGCUGCUAUGCUGGCCAAACGAGAGAGUAAAGAGGGAGAGGAGGCCUCCUGGCUUCCUGAAUGUCACAACAAGGUGUACCUCAGUGGAAAGUCUGUUCCUCUCCACAUUGUCAAGAGCACCUUCUCCAAGUCCUCCAAGGCCCACACACACAAGAUGGAGCUGGUGUGGGGAAAGGCCAAAGAACAAGACAAACCUACAAAAUAGGACUUGAGUUUAUACAGCCUUGAUGAAUUUUGGUUUAGAGAUUGUUAAAUGAUAAUGGCUGGACAUAGUGAUAUUUUCAAUAAAAGACCACCUUUGUUAAUCAUA